UCGAUAAUUUUAUUUAUCAUUUUAUGUAUUAUAUUAUUGUAACAGACAAUGUCAUAGACAAUAAUAUUCUGGUAGGUGUCACCAUACAUAAACAAUAAACAUCAAGAAUGUGAAAGUAUUGCUGUUAGUGAGUUCACAGAUGACUUUCAACCAAUGUUUUAAUAUGUGUUAGUUCGGAAAAUUCUUCUCAAAAGCAUCUAAUUACCACAACAAUUUUUAAUUGCGAAUAUAAUCUCAGCGUUCCUAAAUCGUGUAUCGUGUAUCAAAAAGAUUUGUGGGAUUUCUCUGAAGUCAGUAACAAAUAUAUAAAAGUAAUUUUAUAUACCAAAUUCGUCAUGUCAGCCGAGCGCGUAACUAACAAACGGCAAAGGACGGAAAUAACGAUUGAAACCAAACUUGCAAUUCUGAAGGCACAUGACGAGAAAAUGUCGGUUGACUCCAUUUCCAGAAAGUUUGGUAUUAACAAUACAACCAUUUAUAACAUAAUAAAGCACAAAGAACAUAUUCAUCAAUUAGUCAGUCAAGGAAUAAAUGUGAAAAAAUCGAGAAGCAGUCAUAGUAUGUAUUUUGAUUUGGACAUUAAAUUAUACGAUUGGUAUAAUAAGCAGAAAGUAUCGAACAAAACAAUUACUCGUGCGCUACUUCGUCAAAAAGCAAACGAAAUUAUAGAAUUUCUUGAUUAUAAUUUGAAUAGGAAAACUUUGACAGAUUUAUUGUGGAGAUUUGUAAGACGUUACAACAUUAUAUUUGAGUCUCCAGAUACGAAUGAGAGUUUGCAAAAUCCUGUUCAAGAUGAUAAGGUUAAUCCUGUUCAAGAGGAUGAGGUUAAUCAAUCUGGUGCUGAACAAAUUCAGGAAAAACAUAUUCCAAGCAAGCGUUCCAGUGAGUUGGACAAACAAUUGUAUGAAUGGUGUAAAGUGCAGAAAACAAUAACUAAGGAUCUACUUAGUCAGAAAGCAUCCGAAAUCGCAAGAGAUGUUGGAGGGCCAGGAGACAUGCGCAAGUUUGUGCAGAGAUUUAUAGAUGAUUAUAAUAUUAAAUUAGAAUCUGGAAAUGCUUGUGAUAUUUUGCAGAAUCCUGUUAAAAGAGAUGAUGAUCCCAAUCCAUCCAACGCUGAAAUAAAUUUCCAAAAAUUCUUGCAGCGAUCAGAGGAAAAAAAUAUUAGUAUGGAUAACAUUUAUGUUACAUUUCAAAUAGACGUUAUAUGGAAUACUCUUAUUAACACUAUGCUAGCGCACGCAGUCAAACGAAAAAUUGCAACACAAUUAAUUGACAUUAACAAUUUAAAAAAGAAAAUUGUAACUUUUAUGUUUUGUAUAAAUAUUACUAAUAGUAAUUCUUUACAACCUUUUCUGUUCCACGAACAUGAAAUUAACGAAAAUGAAAUACAAAAUGUAUCAGAAUUUUUCGAGAAUAAAUUCCUCGUCGCUCAUAAACUACAAGAAAAAGGAUCAUCAGAAGAAUUAGAUAUCAAGGAUCGUUUUGCAUAUUGGUUUAAUAAUAUGUUUAAGGCAAGAGUUAAAGUUUAUAAUGAGGGCGAGAAUAUACCUGGCAAAGUGUUUUUACUCGGUGACGAUUGCACACGACGCUUCUUGUCGGAAAAUAUUGUUCAGGAUGAUGAUUUCGAAAUAGAAUUAUUUACGAUAAACUCAUUGAUAGAACUACUGUAUCCAGAAAUUAUUGAGAGAAUGAACCAACUUUGUCUUAGUUAUUUGUCAAAACGUGUACAGAAAUUUUCUCCUCAAACUAUGUUCAACACAGAAUUCUACAAGGAGUACAAUAUAAGUUGGUGCACGAAUGUACUCAGAAAAGCAUGGGCAGACAUCGUGCUAAAUAAAGAAGUAAAAUUAUGGAGAUUUGUAAGACCAUCAAUCGCGAGAAGAGAAGAAGGUGAAAGAGAAGAAAGACAUUAAGAAGAAGCGGAAAAUAUUGAAGACACUAAAAACAAACAUUAAAAACAAAAAGAGAAGACACUA